AUGGGACGCCUAACGCUUGCAUUUUCGGUCGCGAUCGUGGCCACGGUGAUCAGCUCGAUCGCUAGCUACCAGGUGAAGCCGGCCAACUACGCCAAGCUGGUCGAAAAGCAGAAGCAGUUCGAUGAGGCGUUCGAGAAGGAGUUCUACGUGGAGCACACGCGAUAUGUUGAGACAGGCGAGCGAUCUGAGCGGUUGGACGAGAUGUUCGAGCACAUGCGCCACAAACCGGACAUGUUCCGGCAGGAAAUGGACGACCAUCCGUUGCCAUAUGUGACGGUUGAGUGUACGGCUUGCCGGGCUUUGAUGACGACGUACCUAACGUACCGACGUGUACUUGGUUGGGAUCGUGACCGUAUUGCGGAGCAAGCAGCCUCAACCUGUACGACGCUCAACAUCCUCACACCAGACAACUGCCUCAAGAUCGUGAACAAGAACAUCGACAUCCUGCUGUACAUCAUCGACAAUCGGCCAGCACUUACGGCGCAAACCAUGUGUGGCAUCAUUUUCCAAUCGGGAUCGUGUGUGCUCGAAGACCCGACAUUCCUUGACUGGACGAUCAACGUGUCCGGUGGUGGACGACCAAUUACUGGUUCCAAAACGACACCAAACCGCAGCCCAGGUGACUUGAAGAUCAUCCACCUGACAGACCUGCACUAUGAUCCGCACUAUCGCACUGGCUAUAAUGCUGUGUGUGGUGAGCCGUGUUGUUGCCGCGAAGGACAAGGCAUUCCAGCGAAUCCCGCUGACGGUGCUGGUGAGUGGGGUGACUACCGUGACUGCGAUUCACCCUGGAAGGCCGUCGAAGACGCUGUACGAGCUGCGGCCACUCAACAUCCGGAUGCGGCCUACAUUUACCACACCGGAGACAUCAUCGACCAUGGUGUGUGGGAGACGACAGUGGCCGGUAACAUCGUGUCGAUGACGCGCACCUAUCAGCUGUUCCGGGACGUGUUUGGUUCCAAACCCGUCUACCACGUGCUGGGUAAUCACGAGAACAACCCAACGAACGUGUUCGCGCCCAGCUACAUCACUCAGUCGGACUUUUCCGCUAGCUGGUUGUAUGACUUUUCGGCCGAUCAGUGGUCGACUUGGUUGCCAGCUGCCACUCAGCAGACGAUCCGUCAGGGUGGUUACUACACGGCGUUGGUAAGACCCGGUUUCCGCGUUAUUGGCAUGAACAACAACGACGCGUAUACGUUCAACUGGUGGAUCCUGUACGAUCCGGCGUACUUACGGACGCAACUCCAGUGGCUGCACGAUACGCUGCUGCAGGCUGAAGCUGCCGGUGAGAAGGUGCAUAUUCUGGCGCACAUUCCUAUCGGUGCAGGUACGAGCUUCCGGACCUGGGCUCGUCAGUACCGGCGUAUCUUGGAUCGCUUCUGGGAUGUCAUCGAGGCGCAUUUCCACGGACACACGCACGCGGACGAACUGAACGUUUUUUACUCGCUGGCAAACCCGCAAGCUGCUAUCAACGUGGCGUUUAAUGGUGGUGGAACCGUGCCGUUCAGCAACUACAACCCGAAUUACGUCGUGUACUACGUCAACCCGACCACCUACCAAGUGACGGACUUUGAGUCGUUCUACUUCAGUCUGUCGGAGGCGAACCAGAACCCGAACCGCAACCCACUCUGGACGCAGCUGUACUCGUUUAGCCGGGACUUCCAGCUGACGAAUGUGAGUCCGGCUUCGCUGGAUGGGCUUGUCCGUCGGUUCGCGUCCAACCCGGCCGAACUGCGCCAGUACUGGGAGCUGAAGGUAAAGCGUGGUGAUCCAUUCCUGGCCGCCGGUUGUGAUGGUGACUGCCUGCUUGGCCACCUGUGCCAGAUCGUCACGAACGAGGCUAACGAUGACAGCAAGUGUAACGCGUUGGCAGCGAUUUUCCGCAACCUCGAUGACGAGCUGUUCCGGGAGGUGAACGAAUAA